UUGUUAUCAGAUGAGUUAGAUCUAUCUACUUCCUCUGUAAGUGAUUGAACUAGAGUUCCCUUCAAAGUUCAGACUCAAAGGAAGUGGUUUUCCAAUCAAAGGAAGUGGAGAACAGGAAGGAAAAUUCAGUAUGUUGUGGUUGAGCCUCUCUGUUGAUGUUUUCCGGAAAGUUGUUCCCUUGAAUUUGUACUGCAGAGUUAUUCUGUAACUCGUUUUCCUUCCUUUUCUCUUUUCAUGGAAUCCAACUUCUUCUUCUGUAGACUCAUCUGAAACUUUGGAAACCCACUUCCUGAAAGUUUUUUCUCACUUCUUGAGAGUUUAACUUAAUUCUGUUUCUUUGAAUCUAUUGGGUGUUUGUUUUUGGUGUGGUUGGGAUCAAGAGAGGGGGAAAAGAAGAGUAGAGAUGGUAUGCCAAGCAGCAAGUCAGACAAGAUUCAGAACAUUGAAACAUGAAAAUGGAGUUGCUGGAAGUGCUACCAUAAUUGUAAAAAUCAUUGCUUGUUUUCAACCUCUCCAAGACUGCCAGGCUGAGUACUUCCGUCACUUGCUCAAGCCAGUUACGUAGAAAAGAAAGUAAGAAAGAAUUAAAAGUUUGAGUGUUUUUCUGAUGCUUUCUUCUUGUGUUUGCUUUUGAGAGAUUCCUUCUGUUCUUUUACUUUUAACUACUUGGAAUUAUUUGGAGUUCAUGGGAAAAAAGUUUGAAGUUUUUGAUCCUAAGCAAUGGAACUCCAUUGUUUUCAAAGUUUUCGAUCAGUCUGCAGCAGUGGUUAGUCAUGAAGAACAAGUUGUUGAGUCUGAAGAGAUGCAUGAAAACACUGAAGAGAUUGAUGCACUUUUGUAUUCAGAGUCCAAUGAAAGCCAUGAACAACAUGAACAAGAUGAGUGUGAAGCUAGCACAGGUCAUUCUCCAUUAGAUUUGGAUGGAACCCAUGGCUAUAAGUUUAAGACCAAACGACGUCGUCUCGAUACAGAGUUAAUGGACACUGCAAGCUCUAGAGCUCGAGAAGAUGAGUCGAGCUGUAUCGGUGAAGAACAAGAAUGCAAUAAGAAAUCGAAGAGGAAGAGAAUUCAAGACACGGUGGAGGUUUUACGACGAAUAAUCCCCGGCCUCACCGGGGUUAAUGGGAAGGCGAAAGAUGCAUCGACGGUGCUCGAUGAGGCUAUUCGGUAUCUAAACUCUCUCAAGUUGAGGAUGAAGGGGCUUGAGUUCAUUACUGAUUGAAUUAAUUCACUCUGAAUUCACCACAUCAGGUGAAUUACAAGAUGAAUGAUUUAAAUGUAUCUUUUUUGUAACAUAAUACUUAAUCUCGAUGAGCCUCGAGAUAAUGUAUUUGUCCGAAAAAAAAAAAAGAAACUAGUAGCCGGGAUCUUGAGAGGGAGAUAUAGAUGAAGAUAGGAAGGAUAUGGAUUUGAUGAUGCACUAUUGAAGGUGGCUCAAUUAUCCUACAAAGAUGGGGUGGUCAAUGUGAAUAAUGGUUGGUGCUUCUUGUGUUCUUUUGAUUUACUCUUUUAGGGUUAGGGUUAGUGUUUGUGUUUAGGGUUGAGAGUUUGAUUGAGCAUGGAUUUAUGGGAUGUGUAUUUCUGUUCAUGUGGGCUGUGUGCCUUUUUCUAAUGUCUUUGCUUGGAUGACAACCCUGUUGUAUAUCAUGUAUUGGCAUUGAAUGUGGUGAAUUUGCUAUGAGUGAGUUGUGCCAUUAAUUUGUGAA